AUCAAAACAAUCGCCUGAAGCUGUCAGGUCGAUGUAAACAAGCCGGAUUUUUGAAUUUCCAACGAAAAUCUCAAAAAUUGAUUCUUGUUCGCUUCUUUACACAGAAUUUUUUGUUCAAAGCCGGCUGAUAUGAAAAUUAAAACGCAAAUGUAGCUUCAAAGUGCACACUUGCUUCAAGUGAUAACCCGUCAUGACAAAGGAUUUUGGAAAAGCGUGAAGAACUAGCAACUCUCUUGCCGGAAGUGGAAGCUCUCGAUCCCAAUGAUGGCCCUCGCAGAAAUCGCCGAUUUCAUCGUGAAUGUGUUCCAGCUGGUGAAUUACCUGCUCAAGAUCAGCAUCUUCAUCGGGAAGGUGCUUGUCGAAAUCAUCCGGAAUGGUUCGCUGCUGGUGUGGCGGGUUCUGCAGGCCAUCGGGCGGUUUAUGGUGGUGUUCUACGAGGACUACGCGUACUUUAUCGAGGACUUCCGGUGCGCGCUGAACUCGUUUGCCAACUUCGUGAUCGAGUGCCUGUCGGCGAUCUGCGGUGGGCUGGUCCGGGCCGUGCUGGCCAUUGGGGAUGGGAUUGUGUUGGGGUAUCAUGGGGUUGGAGAGUUGCUGUCGGGACGGUUGCUGACGGUGCCGAUCUUUACGUUUGAGUUUGUGAAGCAGGUUCUGGUGCUGCUGGGGAACGGCGUCUGGUUUUUGGUCACGCUUCCCGGUCAGUUGGGGCAAGGCCUUUUGGAGUGUUUCAGCACCGGGUUGAAGGUGCUGGAAGGGUUUUCUCGAGAUUUUGGGGCGAAAAGCUUGGAAAUUGUUUGCCGAUUGGCGGUUUUCUUGGUUAAGGAUGUUCCGUUGCAAUCCGUGGCGGGAUUGUGCGUGCUGGCAUUGGCCUACAUGAACCCAAAGUGCACCAAAAGAGUUCUCAACUUUUGCUUCCGAGUUGUUCGCUACUUCUACCGCAAACUACUGCCAUACGGACGCGGAAUCCGGCGCAAGUUCCUCAACGCACGUCACAAGAUCUCACAACUGCUCAUCCAAACCCUUAGAACAAUCCUCAUCUGCUUCAUCUUCACCCGGGACCGAGCGGUUCACAUCUACGACACCGAAGUCCGGCAAGCCCUCGCCCUAAUCCGGGACUUCUUCACCUUCACGCAACCAGUCCCACCUCCACAACCGCAUCAAGGCCGGAUCGAGCAGCGAGACUCGUCGACCUCCUCCUCAUCAGCGUCCUCACGAUCCUCCUCAGCCAGCUCCGAACGAACCGAAAAACAGCCGGGCUCUGGCCUGCUGGCUUCGAUCGGCCUCUGCAUCAUCUGCGAGGACAACGAAAAGUCCGUGGUGCUCGUGCCGUGCGGCCAUCUCUGUCUGUGCAAGCGCUGUGCGAACCAGCUCAGCCAUUACGACCAGUACUGUCCGCUGUGCCGGAUGUUGAUCCACCGGAAGGUGGAGGUUUUCGUGUGAACGCGAUACAGGGAGACACAUGUUUAUUUUAACUGUAGUGUGUUAGCUGUAAAGUUAGUGUGUAAGUGUUAGGGCGAUUUAAGAAACGAUUAGAAUAGCACGGCAGGCCAAAUGAAAGACAGUGUCUUGGGCGAACAAAAAAAAAAGACACGCAAACUAGAAUAAGCAAUUCGGAAGAGUGAUUUGCGGAGGAAAGCUCAAUUAUAUUUCGAACAGUUCGAUUUAGCGCAAGUUUCUAGUGAGAGUAUUAGACUUAAAAAAUAUGAAUGUAAUGCUCAAAAAGCUUAUAAAAUAAAGCACGUUUUUCUAAACAGAA